AAACCCACAUUUCCUCGGUCAGCUUCCCUUAAAACAGAGGUGAUGUCCCUCAACUGUAGGGGCAGUACUUGCAAUUAAAUCAAAGAGGCUCCUCCUUCUCUCCUUCAGUCUUAAUAGUGCCUUAAAUCCUCUGAAAAUUUCUUCUGUUAUCCCAAUUUCCUCUUCUUCUCUAGUCCCUUUCCCCAAACACGCCCUUAUAACACCCACCUAAACCCACUUUCAUUCCCUCUCUUACUCAAAAAUGGAAGAAUGGAAGAUGCGUGAACGAGGGAGUCAAAUACCGGCGUUUGGUAAUUGGGAAUAUGUAAACGAUUUGCCAAUUACACAGUAUUUCGAGUGUGCUAGACAAGCUGGAUUAAUCCGCUACAGCUCAUCCUCAGGAGAAUGCUGUGAUCAUCAUCAUCAUCAUCCUCCUACUUCUGUUUCCCCUGAUUUCAUCAAACCUCGUACUGUGCGUCCUAAACAGAAAUGUGAAAAAGUGCAGAUGAACAAGGGAAUUAGAGAAAAGAGAACAGGAGGAACGCAUGGGAAGGAAGGAAGUAAGAAGCAAGGAGGGAAAGUGUUUGACGUAACGUCAACGGAGCUACCCCAAUCAGAACCAAAACUCAAACGUACUCAUAUUCCUUCAUCUACGCUGCCUUCCGUUAAAAAGCAGCAACUGCAAUUCCAAUCUGUCACACAACACCCUCGUAAACCUCCCAUGCCUGUUGAUGAAGAUCUCUAUAAGAUUCCUCCUGAGCUUCUCAAGAGGAAGAAAAGGCUGGGAUUCAUUUCAAGAUGCUUGGUUCCUCCAUGUGCAGUCUAAAUUCUGAUGGAAGCUGAAGAAUUAGGGUCAACCUAAAAAGUACUUAAAAAAUUAAAUGAUUAGAAAACUUUUGGGUAAUACUUGUAGAAUUUAGUAUUUAGAGUACAAUAACUAAACUAGUAAUUAAUUAGUACCUUUUUUUGUAUCAAAUUUUAGUUUAUCAGUCAAUUAAGCUACUGUUUUAAAUUACUCGUGUAUUAUUAUAGUGAAUUAAUGAUGAACAUUUUGCUGUAUUGUCAACAUUUAUUCUUAAUUACAAGUAUUUUCUACUAU